CGGUUGGUAACAGAGACAUUUUCGGAGCUGGAGCCGCCACGGCCGCCGCCAUUUUGUGUCUGUGGAGAAAGAAGGAGCAGCGGCGGCGAGUGAACUAGGCAGAAACCCCCUCCCCCACCCCGUGCGACGGCGGCGGUUCCCCCCCGAGGCUCCCCCCCGGUGUUGUCCCCAACCCCCCCUCCGUGGUCAGCAUGUGGUAAAGCCGGAGCCGCGAGUGACCCGUCGAGAGGAGGAAGAGGAGUCGCGAGGGAGGCGGGGUAGCGGGCGGCGGCGGCGGCGACAGCUGCGGCGGAUCUCGGAGGGGGGCCGCGGCGCGAUGUCGGAGCCGGCGCCGGCCGAGGCCGGUACCGCGGGGGCCCGGGAGGACGCCUGUCGGGAUUAUCAGUCGUCCCUGGAAGACCUGACCUUCAACAGUAAACCGCACAUCAAUAUGCUGACCAUUCUGGCUGAGGAGAACCUGCCUUUCGCCAAGGAGAUCGUCUCCCUCAUCGAGGCCCAAACCGCCAAGGCUCCUUCUACAGAGAAGCUCCCUGUUAUGUAUCUUAUGGAUUCCAUUGUGAAGAACGUUGGAAGAGAGUAUCUUACUGCCUUUACUAAAAACCUAGUUGCAACAUUUAUUUGUGUGUUUGAAAAGGUGGAUGAAAAUACUAGGAAAAGUUUAUUUAAAUUACGCUCCACAUGGGAUGAUAUUUUCCCUUUGAAGAAACUCUAUGCCUUGGAUGUCAGAGUUAAUUCAUUAGAUCCUGCUUGGCCAAUUAAGCCUCUACCCCCCAAUGUGAAUACUUCUAGCAUCCAUGUGAAUCCUAAAUUUUUAAACAAAUCGCCCGAAGAACCUCCUACACCUAGCACAGUGGUCAGUUCCCCUGGUAUCUCCACUCCUCCAAUUGUCCCUGAUAUCCAAAAGAAUUUGACCCAAGAGCAACUGAUAAGGCAACAGCUGCUGGCAAAGCAAAAACAGUUGUUAGAACUUCAGCAGAAAAAAUUGGAGCUGGAGCUGGAACAAACUAAGGCACAGCUGGCAGUUUCUCUUAGUGUUCAGCAAGUACCUAACAUAGUUCCUGGAUCAGCACCUUCCAAAUUACUUGUUUCACAAAUUCCACCUAUGGCAGUUAAAGCUUCUCAUCAGGUUUCGGUACAGCCUGAAAAGAGUCGUCCCUCUUCCUCCUCAUCCUCACAACUCCAGGAUAUGAAAGUAACAAACAGAGAUCCUCGUCUUAAUCUUAGUCAACAUUCUUCUCAUGGUAAAGAACAAAGUCACAGGAAAGACUUAGUAAAUACAAUGAAUCAAUCUGAUAUCAAGGCAAAUAAAUCUAUACCUCCUGAUAAACAAAACUCAUCAAAGCAAGAAAAAAGUAAAUCAAGUGAAAAAAUCACAAAGAAAGAACUUGACCAGUUAGAUACUAAAUCCAAAUCUAAAUCUCCUUCACCUUUAAAAAACAAAUUUUCUCAUACAAAAGAUAUAAAAAACCAGGAAUCUGGUGGUCGAGGAGUCCCUGAAAUGAGCAAAAGAGAUCCUCGAUUAAAAAAACACCUCCAGGAUAAACCUGAUGGCAAAGAUGAUGACUUAAAAGAGAAGAGAAAAUCUUCAGAAAAAAAAGAUAAAGAAGAGCAUGUGAAGUCAUCUGAACAUAGACUCACUGGAGGUAGAAAUAAAAUUAUAAAUGGCAUUGUACAAAAACAAGAUGUUGGUACUGAAGAAUCUGAAAAACAAGGGACAAAAACAGGAAGAUCAAGUACUAGAAAACGAUCUCGAUCACGAUCACCUAAGUCUCGAUCGCCAAUCACACAUUCUCCAAAAAGGAGAGAUAGGCGCUCACCUAAACGAAGGCAAAGGAGCAUUUCUCCUUCUACUUCUACACCUAAAGCUGGAAAGCUACGCCAAUCAGGAGUUAAGCAAUCACAUGUAGAAGAAAUUUACACAAGUUCUCGUGAUGAAAGAAAUUCUAAUAAGAGAAGUGCUAAGCAGGACACCCGAGAUCCUAGGCGAGUGAAAAAGACUCAGGAAGAAAGACCACAAGAAACUGUAAAUCAGCAUUCUACAAAGUCAGGAUCUGAACCAAAGGAGAAUGUAGAAAAUUGGCAGAGCUCUAAGUCUACAAAAAGAUGGAAAUCUGGUUGGGAGGAAAAUAAAAGCUUACAACAGGGUGAAGAGCAUCAAGGACUAAGUAAAUCACCUCAUCUAAGGCAUAGAGAGGGUUGGGGCAGUGCUAAAGGAAUUUAUCAUCCCGGGGCCCCCAAACAAUAUCGAUUAAGCGUAGAUGCCAAUCUUCAGAUUCCUAAAGAAUUAACUUCUGCAAGCAAAAGAGAAUUACUUAAAAAGGCAAAUGAUAGUUUAACAUCUGGUGAAAUCACACAGGAUGAAUUCCUUGUUGUUGUUCAUCAGAUUCGUCAGCUCUUUCAGUAUCAAGAAGGAAAACAUAGAUGCAAUGUGUGGGACAGUCCUACAGAAGAAAAUAAAGGGGGAUUAAAAAAGAAACCUCUUUUAUCUGAUGCUGAAUUAACAUAUUAUGAGCAUAAAGCUAAACUCAAAAGGACACAGGUUCAGCAUUCAUUUCCAAGACUUGAUCUCUUAGAUCCUGAUAUUUUUGAUUACCAUUUGACUGAUGCUUUGUUGUCUGGAAUAGAAUGUGAACCAUCCAAAAGUAAACAUACAGGUAGAAGUAGUGGAGCACAGUUUGACAGAAAAGAACAAUUUAACGAAAGAUCAAGGCGUCUUUCUCCAAUAUCUGGAAGUCGUACUUAUGCGGAGAAUCUUUCCCCCCAUGAUGGCCGAAGAAGACAUGAAGAGCAAGUCUCUGCUAAAGGUGUCCGAGAGGAGCAGAGGUCUCCAUUCAGUGAGCGUUUUGCACUUAAGAGGCCUAGAUAUGAAGAUUCAGAUAAAACAUUUGCAGACAGCCCAGCAUCGAGAUAUUCAAGCCUCGAUACAACAAAUCAGAGACUUACAGCAUUAGCUGAAGACAGACCAUUAUUUGAUGGACCUUCUAGGCCAUCUGUAGCAAGGGGAGAUGGCCCAACUAAAAUGAUUUUUGAAGGACCCAAUAAGCCAAACCCUAGAAUUGAUGGACCUCCAACACCUGCUUCUCUUCGGUUUGAAGGGUCACCAGGACAAAUAGGGGGAGGGGGACCUAUGAGGUUUGAAGGACCACAAGGUCAGCUAGGAGGAGGUUGUCCUUUGAGAUUUGAAGGUCCUCAAGGACCAGGAGGGACUCCUUUGAGGUUUGAAGGGCCACUUGGACAGGCAGGAGGUGGCUUAAGGUUUGAAGGAGCUGCUGGUUUACGGUUUGAGGGUCCGUCAGGAGGUUUGAGGUUUGAGGGCCCAGCUGGGCAGUCUGUGGGUGGUCUUAGGUAUGAAGGUCCCCGUGGUCAGCCUGUGGGUGGUCUCAGAUUUGAGGGACCUCAUGGUCAGCCUGUAGGUGCUCUUAAGGUUGAGAAUCCCCGAGGUCAGCCUGUAGGUGGACUCAGAUUUGAGGGGAGCCAUGGUGCAUCAGGAAGUGGAAUUAGGUUUGAAGGACCUCAUGGUCAGCCAGGUGGUGGAAUCAGAUUUGAGGGCCCUUUGCUCCAGCAGGGUGGUGGUAUGAGAUUUGAGGGUCCCCAUGGACAGUCAGUGGCAGGUCUGAGAUUUGAAGGGCAACAUAAUCAGCUUGGUGGAAGCCUUCGAUUUGAAGGACCACACGGCCAGCCAGGGGUUGGGGUCAGAUUUGAAGGGCCUUAGUUCAGCACGGGAAGUGGAAUGAGAUUUGAGGGUCCUUCUGUACAAGGAGGUAGUAUGAGAUUUGAAGGACCUCUAAGCCAAGGUGGUCCAAGAUUUGAGGGGUGUCAUGCUUCAAGAUUUGAUGGUCAACCAGGUCAACCAUCUCUCUUGCCAAGAUUUGAUGGCUUGCAUGGUCAGCCUGGUCCUAGAUUUGAAAGAACUCCUGGUCAACAAGGCCCACAAAGGUUUGAUGGGCCACCUGGUCAGCAGGUACAACCAAGAUUUGAUGCAGGGCCUCAAAGAUUUGAUGGUCCACAGCACCAGCAAGCAUCAAGAUUUGAUAUUCCUCUUGGUCUUCAAGGUGCAAGGUUUGACAAUCAUCCUUCACAGAGGCUUGAUGCAGUCUCUUUUAGUCAGACUGGCCCAUAUAAUGACCCUCCUAACAGUGCAUUUAAUGCACCAUCGCAAGGAAUACAAUUCCAAAGACAUGAGCAAAUGUUUGAUACACCUCAGGGACCAAAUUUUAAUGGACCACAUGGCCCUGGAGCACAGGGUUUCCCAAAUCCACUUAACAGAGCAUCUGGACAUUAUUUUGAUGAAAAGAAUCUUCAGGGUCCUCAGUUUGGAAACUUCAGUAAUCUGCCUGCACCAAUUGCAGUAGGGAAUAUUCAGCCAUCUCAACAGGUUCUCUCUGGUGUUACUCAGCCUGUAGCUUUUGGACAAGGACAACAGUUUUUGCCAGUUCAUCCACAAAAUCCUGGUUCUUUUGUUCAAAAUCCAGCAGGUGCCCUUCCAAGAGCAUAUCCUGAUAAUCAUCUCAGCCAGGUCGAUGUGAAUGAACUCUUCUCUAAACUGCUAAAAACAGGAAUACUUAAAUUAUCUCAACCUGAUUCAGCAACAACUCAAGUAAACGAAGUCACUACACAACCUCCCCCUGAGGAAGAAGAAGAAGAUCAAAGUGAAGAUCAAGAUGUUCCUGACCUCACUAAUUUCACAGUUGAAGAAUUGAAGCAGCGUUAUGAUAGUGUUAUAAAUCGACUGUAUACUGGUAUCCAGUGUUAUUCUUGUGGAAUGAGGUUUACAACAUCACAGACUGAUGUCUAUGCAGACCAUUUGGACUGGCAUUACCGCCAAAAUAGAACUGAAAAGGAUGUUAGCAGAAAAGUAACUCAUAGGAGGUGGUACUACAGUCUAACGGACUGGAUAGAAUUCGAGGAAAUAGCUGAUUUGGAGGAACGUGCAAAGAGCCAGUUCUUUGAAAAAGUACAUGAAGAGGUUGUGUUGAAAACCCAAGAAGCUGCUAAAGAAAAGGAGUUUCAGAGUGUCCCUGCUGGACCAGCUGGGGCAGUAGAGAGCUGUGAAAUAUGUCAGGAGCAAUUUGAAACAUAUUGGGAUGAAGAGGAGGAGGAAUGGCAUCUAAAAAAUGCUAUCCGAGUAGAUGGAAAGAUUUACCAUCCAUCAUGUUAUGAAGAUUAUCAAAUGUAAACAUCUUCAUUUGAUUGUACACCGUCUCCCAGCAAGACACCUGUUGAAAAUCCCUUGAAUAUUAUGUUGAACAUUGUCAAAAAAGAAUUGCAGGAACCCUGUGACAGUUCCAAAGUUAAAGAAGAACCCGUUGAUGGCCCACCAACUUGUACAGAUGAGAGCAUAGCUACACCUACUGAAAUUAAAGCAGAACCUGAUACAGUUGAGUCAGUUUAAAUAAAAUAAGAGGUAUGUUUUUCUUAAAAAAAAAAAAGAGCUGCUGUGUUAUAGUUGAAUCUAGAAGGUGAAGAAUUUUUAUAUAUGUGUGUAUAUAUAUAUAUAUAUAUAUAUAUAAAAGUAUAUAUAUAUAAAUUACUUAGCUGAGGCAGGGUCCUUAGCUACCAUUUGGUUAAUAAAUACAUUUUAGUAUUUGCAUUUCCUACUGCCUGCACAGUUUCAGGUGCUCGUUGUGUGAAAGUUCUGUAGAUGCGUGCAAAUUUAACAAAAUGAAAUUGUAUGUGUAAAAUAUGUACAAUUUUCACUUGUGGAACUGUAAAUUAUAAAUAAAAAUAUUUUUGCUAUCCAUGGAGUGUAAAUGUUUAUGCACACCAUCAAAUAAAGACAGUGUUUCUGUACUUUUCAUUGGGUGGAAUUAAACAGCGACCUCAACAUUGACCUUUUUACUAGUAGCCUCCCAUGAUUAAAAAAAGAAAAGAACAAAAACCAAAUGAACCUGAAGUUAAUUUUCAUCCUUCAAAAGGGGUAUCAGCACUGCAGGACCUUUCUCAAAUAGUAAAGUCUAGAUUUCAAAAAAAAAAAGUUUAAACUCAACAGGACAAACUUGCGUACAUAUCCAGAUUAUUUAAAAAAAAAAACCAAAUGUCAAUUUGACAGAAACAAAUGAAGCAACUUUUAUUCUUAAAAGUGGACACCAGUGCCAUCAAACAUUUGAUUAACAAACAAGUAUAUUUAGUAGCUGAAGGUGAUUUUUAAUGACAUUUUUCAAACUGUCAGCAAUUUAAAGCAGAUGAACAUAGCAUUUUUUAUUUUAAGUCAAAGGGGGGAAAUGUAAGA